GAGUGAGCCCCGCUUGUGAGCGUGUGCGUGUGUGUGCGUGUGUGCUCAGGGGCCCCGGGCGCGCGCUCCCCCGGAAGAGGAGCCCGCGGUGGUCGGUCGGUCUCCGCUCGCGCACCCCCCACGGCUCCGCGCGCGUUGGUCGGGCCCGCCGGCCGCCGCCGCCGCUGAUUGGCUGUUGCCCGGGGCGCGGGGGCGGGGCGGCGGCGGACGCUCGACCUCCGCGGGUCUCCCUGUCUUUUCCCGCCAUGUCGUUUGUAGCGAGUGCGAGGCCCGCGGGCGCGCGACGGCGCCGCCGGGUCACCCCUCGGGGCCCCGCGACUCGGCCUGGGUAUUCCGACUUCGCUCAGGGGGAUGGCUGGGGCGAGGGCGAGGGCGACGAGGACGAGGGAUGCGACCCAGUGGCCCGCGACCUGCGGGCAGAGUUCUCAGCCGGGGCGUCGUCGGAGCCCAGGAGGGCCCCGCUCCUCCCGCCAGUCGGGGACGGGUCGCCCGUCCUGCCCGAUAAGCGCAACGGCAUCUUCCCGGCCACUGCGGCCGCCAGAACCCAGGCUCGGCGGUGGCCCGUCCAGGUCCUCUCCAUUCUGUGUUCGCUGCUCUUCGCCGGCCUCCUUGCUUUCCUCCUCGCCAUCGCCUACCUGGUCGUUAAAGAAUUGCAUGCAGAAAAUUUGAAAAAUGAAGAUGAUGUAGAUACUGGGCUGUUAGGGUUCUGGUCUCUGCUGACACUGUCUCUAACUGCUGGAUUCUCCUGUUGCAGCUUCUCUUGGACAGUGACUUAUUUUGAUUCUUUUGAACCAGGAAUGUUUCCGCCUACUCCUCUUUCACCUGCUAGGUUCAAGAAACUGACUGGACAUUCUUUCCACAUGGGCUAUAGUAUGGCGAUUUUGAAUGGCGUUGUAGCUGCUCUUACUGUGGCAUGGUGCCUCAUGUAAACCCACAGUGGGGCAAUAUUGUUGGUGAAAGUCCUGAUUGUUUUAUCAGAAAUGAACAUUGCCUACUCAGAAGACUAUGAAAUGUGAUUCAGAUACAUACGUCAUCAUCAUCAUCAUCAUUAUGGAAGACCUUAUAGAGCAUCAUUUCAGAUACUAGGCAAUGGGAAUAUUUGAGUACUUUCAAAUACUUUCUUAAAAGUAUAAGAUGUUUACCUCAUCUUUUUACUUUUGUUUAUGUAGUUUUACAAGUUACAGAAAAUAUUUUAAUGGAAAUCAAACUUGGAAACUUGAAUACAGUAUAAUGCCUCCAUUUCUAUGUAUACUCCUUUUUCUUUUCUAACAAAUGUUGAUGUUAUUGGUUGAGAUAGAAGUAUUUCUUAUUUAUAUAUUACAUUAAAAAAAACACUGCUAACCUGCUAAACCAGGUUCCCUGGGUUGGAAGCCAGCCUGUAGCUGCACAGUGAGACCGUUGCAAGAAAAAGAAGAAAGAAAACAAUGCCUUUGCUUUUAACAUUUUAUAGAGACUACAUCAGUGUCUUUGAUAAUCAAUAGAAUGCAAAUGUACAUUUAUAUUUUUUAUGGAGUAUACCUAGGGGUUUUAUAUAUUUUCAUAAUAUUGAAUUUAUGUUUUUAAAAUUUUACAUUUAUAACUAUAUGACUGUAAACUUCAUUUCUUAGCUGGUAUAACCUGUCCUUUACUAAGUAUUUUUUUUAAGCAUUAAAGCACAUUGAUUUAAGAUUAAGUAAAUUUAUUUUUUAACAAAAAGAUACUGAAAAUUCAGGGUAAACUAUUUGUCAUUAUAAUGUUAAGAAAUUUGAAACUGUUAACCAUUUCUAUUUUACGCAAUUGAAAGUAUUUAUUUUGAUGUAUAUAUUUGGGUAGCAAAACUUGUACUAUUUUGUUUCUAGUAAAUGAAAACCUGAAUGUUUUUUAAGUAGAAAAGGUAUUUUGAUAUUCUGUAUAUGUAUAUGUAAUUAAACUUCAAUGUGUAUGUUGUAAUAUAGAUAUAUAUAUAGUUUUAUACUUUUUCUGCUUAAAUAUUUUGUCAUGUUAAGAUUUUUUGUUGUUUUCAUAGUAAUUAAGCCUUAACUGUUUCUGUCUUGCUCAAUAUUCUAAGUGUUUAGAAAGUCAACUCAAUUUUAGAAAGUUGAAUGAUUUACACAGCUCUUUUUUCCUGGCUGUAGAAAAACUUAGAUAAGGAAAACAUUGUGUAUUCUAGUUAAGUGGGAAAUGAGUUUAUGUAGUGCAUUUGCAGCCCCUGAUGAAUGCUGGGUUCUAAAAGUCUGAUGUUUCCUCUAUAUUCUCAAAAAUAAGAAAAAAAAGUCAUUUCCAUUUAAUUGGAAAUGGCUCAUAAUUCUCUAAAAUGAGAGAUGAAGAGGGACAUAGGUAGGGUCUUACUAAAUAUCAAUCGUAUGGCUUAAGUAUUCCAUCAGUUAUGAUUGUUAGAAUGAUUCUACUGUUGUUUUUUUAUUGGCUCUUUCUCAUACAAUAUAUUUGACAUUAUUCUUUUCAUUGCAGCCCUGUCUAGAUUUUCCCCACCUCCCUACCCAUCCAACUUCAUGUUCUCUCCAUCUCAGGGAAAAAAAGAAUCUUUUUGUUUGUUUGUUUGUUUGACUGAUUCCAUUUUUUUACUCUCAGCCUUCUUACCUCCUUUUUUUCUACCCUUUUAUCUCUAAAGGACUCUUAUUACAAAAAUAUGUUCAAAUUGUAAAAUUACUUUAUCUCCUCUCCAUCUGUGUAUAACUCAUCCCUAUUAUCAUCCCAGUUAGAAUGUCUCUUUCUGAAUUCUUUGUGUGUAAUGACUAAGAUUAAAGUUAUUAUAAUCUAUUAUUCAUACACAAGGUAGCCUCGUUUAUAAUGUAGAUUAAACAGGACAUAUAAUAUACUAUUUUGUAAGAACACUAUGUCUUAUGGACUAGCAGUCUAUGGAAAAUGUCUGUCCAUUCUCUGUACCUAAGGUUGGGUUUCAGUAUAUGAGGAAAGUGAUUGACUGAGGUUAUUUAUCUUAGACCAAGCUCUCUCCUGGCCACAGUGAUUGCGAUAAGAGUAGAGGGAUCUGAUUCAAAUCAGCAAAUUUCUAGGAUUUUUCAGUUUGAAACAAAGAUAAGAAACUGAGAGACAGGAACCUGGGAAAUGCUGGCAGUCAUGUGAACCAAGCUUAGUAGAAAAAGAUGAGGUGAAAUGAAUACUGCUAAUGAUAUUCUCCUGGUUCUAGAAAGCUAGUGACAACCUGCCAUUCUUGAAUCUUGGUUACAAUGUUUUGGUACGUUUGUUUCUGCUGUUUACAUAGGCUUUUGUCAUUUGCACCACAAAGUCAAGAUGAAGUCACCUAGCAGUUGGAAUCAUCCAUCUCUAUUAGUAAUGUCAGACCAUCAUGUAAUAUCAUUUAUUUGUGAAGUAUACAUAGGGUAUGAGUGUGCUUAUGUCUGAUGAUUAGUCUCAGUAACUUCAAAGGAACUUUAGAGUAAAGCUAGAUACUCAUUUUAGUGUUUCAUCAGGAAUUUUGUUCCCAAAUUGAGCUAGACAUCCUUUAAAUGCUAUCACAAUUUUGCACUAUCAAAACAUUAGUCUAGUUUUAGUUUUAAGUUUAAUAUUUAAUCUUAGUUUCCCAGUUUCUUUACCUGCUAAAUGGAAAAAUUAAUAUUUCAAAUUGAAAACAAAAACUGAAAACUGAGUACAAUAAUGUUUGUAGGACCUUGAUAAGACAAUAUAAUUUAUAGUUUCAAAUAUUUAUCAAGAUGUGGGCUGAAAACUAAUGAACUAAGAAUGAAAAUCAAGCCAGGCAGUGGUGGCACACGCCUUUAAUCCCAGCACUUGGGAGGCAGAGGUAGAUGGAUCUCUGAGUUCGAGGCCAACCUAGGCUACAGAGUGAGUUCCAGGAAAGGCGCAAAGCUACACAGAGAAACCCUGUCUCAAAAAACAAAACAAAACAAACAAAAAAGAAUGAUAAUCAAAAGUUAAAAUUUCAGAGUAACCAGAAAUAUUGGAAAUGAAAGGAUGUUAUUAAUCAGUAGAGAGUGGAAUAUAUAUCACUAUCAAAUACUAACAAUGGGUUCUUUGAAAAAUAAGAGUCUAGUUAAUCAUAUAUAAAAGGUUUUCUCAGUCAGUUUUUACGUUUCUAUUAACUUUCUUGACAUGUUAAUUAGGAUCCUAUAUCUCAAAUAACAAAGGAAAAAGCACACAAGUAGCUAAACACAAUGUGUUCACUAACCCAUGGAUGCAAACCUAAUAACCUCAAGCAGUAGAUAACAUGAACCAAGUUUAUCUUCCUGCAAAAAAAAAAAACUAAGGCUUUUAAAAAGUUUUGGAGUUUUUUUUAUUCUUUUUUUUUAUUUUUUGGUCUCAGCUUCCUCAGUCAGUUUAUGCUGUAUGUUUGGAAGUCCUCAGUUUGAUGCUGUUACUCUUACUUGGAAGUAUUAAUGGAGGAAACACAGUGGUCUAUCUAGAACUCUCAGAUGACUUCCACAACAGACUUCUCUAGUCAAUUUCUUCUGGAUGUUUUGAGUACUUGAUUUGGUAUUUCUAUCACAUUUUAUACUUUUACUUUGGCUUGCCAGUAUACUUAAACUUAAUUCAAAACUAACAGUGUGGCUAUCACAGAUCGUCUCCUUACUGUACAAAGCUCUCUUGAGCUUCCUGAUCUUUGUGUUCUCUGCUGAGUAAAUUCAGAUGAGAUACAUAAGUGCAGAGUUUAUUACAGAGUACUAAGAGAUGAGAGCAGACAAUGGACAAAGGGAACAUUGCAGAGGAAAAACUCAAGUCUGGAGUGCCGUUUUUCUUAGGGGUGUUAACUAGUCCAUGUUUCAGUCAUAUUUAGGUUACCUUAUAAAUAUAUAAAUGUAUAUAAAGUAUACAUCUAUAAAUAUAUAAAACAUAAGGAAUAUAAGAAUAUAUUCCUAGAUAUAACCUGCUUAAUCUGAUAAACAGACUUGUAUGUAUGAUUUCAGAGUUGACCAUUUGGUAUUGAAUAAACAAUUGGUGUGUUCUCCCUGCACAGGA